AUGUCUCGUCAUCAUCCUGACUUGGUUAUGUGCAGAAAGCAACCUGGAAUACACAUUGGUCGCUUAUGUGAAAAAUGUGAUGGCAGAUGUCCUAUUUGUGAUUCACUUGUUAAUCCUUCUACAAUUGUUAGAAUAUGUGAUGAAUGCAACUACGGCUCACUACAGGGGAGAUGUAUAAUAUGUGGAUCUAUCGGGAUGUCAGAUGCCUAUUAUUGCAAAGAAUGUACAAUGUGCGAAAAAGAUAGAGAUGGUUGUCCUAAGAUUGUAAAUUUAGGGACUACAAAGACAGACUUAAUUUAUCAACAAAGAAAAAGUGUUAACAAGUAG